AAUAUUUUAUUAUUUGUCAUCUUUUAUGCAGUAUUUAGAAAACAAAACACAGCAGUACAGUACACUAAUUCUAUCUUAAGUACCAAAACGUAAGGUUAACCUUUAAAACAAAAUAAAAGGUGGGAAAAUAACAGAAACAAAGAGUAUGGAACAGAAGGGUCAAUACUUGCAAACUUAGAGCUCUUACGCAGUUAACAUCUUUAAAAUGACAUUUUUGACUGCAAUUUCAAGCAUACUUCACCAUUUAUUAUGCCACAGGUUCACCUGAUUACAACAUUCUAUUAAAAGAAAGUAAACUGUAUUAUUUUACUACUAUAAAACCAAAUAUUUAGCAGAGGAAAAAAUACAAAACUGUAUCCAAGUAGUAAGUUAUCUGUAUUUUUAUUUAUUUAUCAAUGUACAAAGAUCAAAUUAAAAGCGGAGAAAAACUUCGUAACAAACCUUUUGAAACCAUUUAAAAAAACACACCACAGGGAUCCAACAUCUGGGAGUAAAGUUACCUGAAUACGUACUGGGACAUUUCAAACAUUAAAUAACAGGGCUUGUUUAUUUAUAGAGGGAUCAACAGCUAAGCUCAAACUAUAUAUUCUUCAGCUGCACUAUCUUAAAAAAGUUUUUGGAUAGCUCUAGUAUAGAAUUAUUUCAUUAGCUUUAGAUGCUUCCUGACUCCAAAACCUUACUGGAGAAUAAAAUAUUUCAGAUUUUUUUUGUCAGCUGGCUGAUUCAUGAGAAUGCAUGGCCCUUGUCAGCCACCACCUAAAUACAAUUUAGAAGCAUUUUUAUGAGAUUGAUCAAUUCGUCUUUGUUGAGCAUGCUUCACUGUAAAUGAAAAAAUUACAAUGAAUGAUUGAAAUCAUUCAGCAUAGGAGACGACUGAAUUUUUUUGGUACCGAGUUUGGUAACUUCUGACAAAGCGAAUAUUUUUCUGUAAUAAAUCUGACGUGAACGAUUGUGUAGUUUCGUUCUUCCAUCACCCAGAUUAGCAAAUUACAAUGACAGAAACAAGUCCUUAAAGAGUACAGUUGUUUUUUUGAAUUUUCCAGAGAUGCUUCUCCUUAGCGCCUUAGUUCUUGCCGAGAUAUUAUUCAGCGAUGCAACAGACGCUUACAAUUACUUUUCUAAGCUUCAGGUGAAUCCUGAAGAGGGUUUAGGACGCCUUCUUUCAUUUCCUCAGCAAAUAUCGUCAAAAUUGUGCUGGAGUUUUCCCGUCAGCUGUACCCACGAAUUCCCCAGAUAUCACACAGAAACAUAAAAAUCGUCCGUUCGCAGCUCCCAAAGGAGAUUAAGCCAUUAUCAGGGCAGGGAGUGACGGGGGAGGCGCUUGGGUGAAUGUAGGAGCCGGUUACGCCGCCAUCUUAGCCGAAGACCAUUAGAGCUGCACAGCGUCCACAUUUGGAGUAACACAAUGGAAGAAGGCGCUGAACUAGAGCUGGGAGUCUAUCACAGACUGGCCCGUAACCAGCCCCAUAGCGUGACUCACGAGCUGACACCGCUCUCCCAUUUGAGAGACGCGCAACAGCCACGUCGCAGGAAGGCCGAGCCAGCCUCUUCCAAGCGCAUGCUCUUUUAGGGGGUUGUCUUCCGUGCCUCCGGCUGAACUCCACCACGCAUGCGCCUCCUUCUUCCCGCCGUCGGCGCAAGUCAGGUUGAACCAAAAAGAGAGGCCUUGGGUCUGGCGCGCCUGCGCAGUACACUCAAUCGGACGGCGGGCAGACCGGAGGCCGCUCAGAAAGUCACGUCGACGGCUACGACUGGGCGGGCGGGAUCGAUGGCAGAGAACACGCGCCAGAGUACUUCAUAAAGAUAAAAAGGUACCAGUCGCUAUGCAGAGUUCAGAACAUAAAGAAGACAACAGCAGCUUGAAAAGUGAGAACAUGGGUAAGGACACUGAAGCCAAGAAUGAGCAGCCAGCUGACUUUAGCACAGAGAUCAUGAGUGUCAUGGAGAUGGAGCAGUCCCCUGAUAAUUCUCCUGGUGCCAAUUCCCAGGAAGAGACUGUUCAGGACACUGAAAUACCAGACAUAGAAACUGUAAAGACUUCUGAUCCUGAAAAUUCAUUCCCUGCUGACUUUGAAAAGUUUUGGAAAGUAGUUGAAACUAACCCACAAGAUUUCACAGGUUGGGUUUACCUCCUUCAAUAUGUAGAACAAGAGAACCAUUUACCAGCUGCAAGGAAAGCCUUUGACAGUUUUUUCACUCAUUACCCAUAUUGUUAUGGCUAUUGGAAGAAGUAUGCAGACCUUGAGAAGCGGCACGAUAACAUGAAACAGUCAGAUGAGGUGUAUCGGAGAGGACUCCAGGCGAUACCUCUUAGCGUUGAUCUGUGGAUUCAUUAUAUCAAUUUCCUCAAAGAAACUCUGGAUUCCAGUGAUGUAGAAACUGUUGGGACCAUUAGAGGGACCUAUGAACAUGCAGUGCUUGCUGCAGGGACAGAUUUCCGCUCAGACAAACUCUGGGAAAUGUAUAUCAAUUGGGAAAAUGAGCAAGGCAACCUGAGAGCGGUGACUACUGUAUUUGAUCGUAUUCUUGGAAUUCCAACACAGCUAUAUAGCCAUCACUUCCAAAGGUUCAAAGAGCAUGUCCAGAAUAAUCUGCCUCGGGACCUUCUUACUACCGAACAAUUUAUUCAGCUGCGUAGAGAACUUGCUUCUGCUGCUAACAGUCAUAAUGGGGAGGAUGAACCCCCUGGGGAUAACCAACCUUCUGGAAUUGAAGAUAUUACUGACCCUGCUAAACUAAUCACUGAAAUAGAAAACAUGCGUCACAGAAUCAUUGAGAUUCAUCAAGAAAUGUUCAAUCACAAUGAGCAUGAAGUCAGCAAGCGGUGGACUUUUGAAGAAGGGAUAAAACGACCUUAUUUUCAUGUUAAGCCUCUGGAAAAAACGCAGCUGAAGAACUGGAAGGAGUAUUUGGACUUCGAGAUUGAGAACGGAACUCAUGAACGAGUAGUGGUUCUUUUUGAGCGUUGUGUGAUCUCCUGUGCUCUCUAUGAAGAAUUCUGGAUCAAGUAUGCCAAGUACAUGGAGAACCACAGCAUUGAAGGGGUGAGGCACGUAUACAGCCGGGCCUGCACGAUACACCUCUCGAAGAAACCGAUGGUGCACUUGCUCUGGGCUGCUUUUGAAGAACAGCAAGGGAACAUCAAUGAAGCCAGAAGAAUUCUGAAGAUCUUUGAAGAGAACGUUUCAGGAUUGGCCAUGAUUCGUUUACGAAGAGUUAGUUUAGAACGGAGACAUGGAAACAUGGAGGAGGCCGAGCACCUGCUUCAGGAAGCUGUGAAAAAUGCCAAAUCAAACUACGAAGCCUCUUUCUUUGCUGUAAAACUUGCUCGGCACCUUUUCAAAAUUCAGAAGAAUCUUCCAAAAGCCAGGAAAGUUCUUUUGGAGGCCAUUGAUAGAGACAGGGAUAAUCCAAAACUGUAUCUCAAUUUGUUGGAAAUAGAGUACAGUGGAGAUCUAAAGCAGAAUGAGGAGAACAUCAUUUUAUGUUUUGACAGAGCUAUCAAUGGAACAUUGCCUAUAAAAAUGAGGAUUAUAUUUUCUCAGCGAAAAGUGGAAUUUCUUGAAGACUUUGGCCUGGAUGUGAACAAGCUUUUGGAUGCUUAUGAAGAACAUCAAGCCCUUCUAAAGGAACAAGAAUGUUUAAAAAGGAAAGCAGAGAAUGGCUGUGAAGAACCUGAUGAGAAACGAAUUCACGGUGAUGAAGCAGGCCUUAUAUCUGGACAAGUAACAGAUGGAGAUAUGCAAGCAAAUCAGGCAGCCUACAAUUACAGUGCCUGGUAUCAGUACAACUACUCAAAUGCAUGGAAUUAUGGACAAUAUUAUCAGUCAUCUUCAACAUGAGCAGAACAAUUUAACCAAAAAUGGAGUUUCACAAUGUUUUGUUAAAGCUUUUCUUUUGUAAAAGAGAAAGAAAUAGGGAUGUGAACAAAGUCACGUGAUUCUUGUCUUUUUUGCAUGUAUAAUGAGUUGAUUUUCACAGGGUUCUUGUGACAAACUCAUGUUGGUAUCUUGCUGUAUUUAGUCUACCAAGCAAUCAACUUUCCCAAUAGUAAAAUUAUUGAGCAAUUAUAUGAAGUAGUGUUGAUGAUUCAUUGGGAAAGUUAAUUUGCAAGCCAUUAACAUGUAUUAAAUACUGGCCAAAAUCUGCCCCAGCAAUCUCAGAUACUACCCAGGCCAGGAGAUAACACUUUCCUUCUCUUCUGAGGUAAAGUGUGCUUGAAUCUUUUCAAAGUCCCACACCCCUUUUCCUGCAUCUGUUUGGUUUUACCAGUUUACAAUUGCAGCAUCCAAAAGCUGUGAGCUUUUAGAAAAAUGUUAACAGAUUGGGAUAUAUAAUGUAUAGGGUAUCUCUUCGAGUGACUAAAAUGAAGUGUGUUACUAGAACCAUGCUGUGUCUUAGGAUGGAUUUUGUAUUGGAAUUUUCAUGUGUAAGUUUAGUUUUUUGUUUAAAAUGCCUUUUUGUAAUAAAAUCAAAUUGUGUAAUCUUUCUGAACAGUAGUUUUUCCUGUUGAACCACUGAGGGGCUGUUAAAUUUAUUUUGGAUCAUGGCUUCUUUCUGGCGGUUUCAGCUGUACUGCUAUUCAGUUCCAAGUUUCCUUUCUGCAUUGAUUUUCAAACUUUGCAUGUAAGGCUUGUAUCACUAUGCUUUGCAGAAGCCAGGGUCCAUAUUUGGUCCAAAAUUCUUAACUCUACUCUUUCGUUAAUCUGCUUUGAAAGUAAGAACAUUCAAACCCUGUCCUUCUUGUUGAAAUACAACAUGGUGUACAUCUGACUGAUUAUGAUGCAGUCAAAUAACCACUCUAUGCCCUGCUAUUCUGAUAUGUAUGCCUGCAGGAUUAAGAUUAUUGAUUUAAGCAUAUAUAAUC